AUGACUGGCUCUUGUUUUUGUAGACAAGACGGGGCCCCUCAUUCUCCACGAAUAGUCAUCAACAAAUACUCAGAUGAGCAGCUCAAAAAGGUAGCCCAGCGGAUGAGAGAGAGACUGAAUAUAUACAAGGAGAAAGUUACUGACCGCUAUGCUUCCUCCCCAGAGAUAACCCCUCCUGUCACACCGCUACUACCUAAAGACGAGUACACCAGGGUGAUGGAGGAGAGGGCAAGGCAAGCAGAGGAGGAGAGGAUAAAGAAAGAGGAGGCAGAUAAGAAGAAGAAAGAAGAACAGGAGAAGAAAAAGAAAGAAGCAGAACAGAAGAAAAAGGAGGAGGAGGAGAAAAGGAAAGAGGAGGAAAAGAAGGUGAAGGUGCCCUUAAAGAUGAGGCUGAUUGCAGCUUAUUGGUCAUCAGUGGAUUUUGUAUUGAAGCCUCUGGAGGACCGUAUGGAUUCUGUGAUUGGCUCCACCAUCGACCCCUUCACAGAUCGCCGCUACAUCGCCUGGCUGAGUCUGGUUACUGUGGCCAUCAACUACAACACAUGGUUCAUUACCGCCCGAAUGUGUUUCCCUUACCACACUGAAACCUCCAUCCCCAUCUGGUUUGUCAUGGACGUCGUGGCAGACAUCAUUUACCUUCUAGACUCUGUCUUGUUUCAGCCUCGCAAACAAUUUGUAAAAGGAGGAGACAUCAUAAAAGAUCGUGUUUUGACAACCAAACACUACAGGGAAUCGGAGAGAUUACUGGCCGACGUUGUUGCUCUCCUUCCACUUGACCUGUUAUACUUCCACUUUGGGUUUAAAUCUGGUUUCAGAGCCAACCGUUUGCUGAAGAUAGAUACUUUUUUUGAGUUCAGUGACCGUCUGGAGAGCAUCUUAGCUAAGGCGUACAUCUGGAGAGUGAUUCGCACCAUUGGCUACCUCCUCUUCAUGCUUCACCUGAAUGCUUGCUUCUACUACGUGGCUUCAGAAUAUCAGGGCAUCGGGGAAACAAAAUGGGUCUAUUCCGGCCUAGGCAGCGCGUACCUGCGCUGUUACUACUACGCUGUCCGCAGUCUGAUCAACAUCGGUGGACUAAAUGAGCCCCACACUGUCUUUGAGAUAACCUUUCAGAUGACAAACUUUUUCGUAGGCGUCUUUGUCUUCUCAAGUUUGAUUGGACAGAUGAGAGAUGUCAUCGGUGCAGCCACAGCAGGACAGACCUACUUCCGGACCUCAAUGGACAACACAGUGGCUUACAUGGUGACCAACAACAUUCCCUCCUUGGUGCAGAACAGAGUCCGCACCUGGUAUACCUACACCUGGGACGCUCAGGGCAUGCUGGAUGAGUCUGAAUUGCUUGAAAAGAUGCCGCUUGUAAUGAGGACUGCCAUCGCUGUGGACAUCAACCUGGCAACGUUUCAGAAGAUUGAUCUCUUUAAGGGCUGUGACCAGCAGAUGUUAGUGGACAUGUUACUGAGGCUAAAGUCCAUCAUCUAUCUACCAGGAGACUUUGUGGUGAAAAAAGGUGACAUCGGUAAGGAGAUGUACAUUAUCAAAAGUGGAGCGGUGCAGGUGGUGGGAGGACCCGACAACAGCAUUGUGUUUGUGACGCUGAAGGCAGGCUGCGUGUUUGGAGAAAUCAGUUUGUUACAGUCAUCUAAAGACGGAGGGAACAGGCGAACAGCCAACGUCAAAGCAUAUGGCUUUGCUAAUCUUUUCGUUCUGGAAAAGAGGGACCUGUUUGACAUUCUGGUCCACUAUCCAGAGUCUCAAAAGGUGUUGGCCAGAAAGGGCAGGAAGCUAAUGAAGGCUAAGGGGCCUGCAGCAGCUAAAGUAGCGGAAGAGAAGAAGAAAGGACACGCGCUAUUCGGCCCCAAACCACCAACACCCAAACUGCUGCGAGCUUUUGGAGGAAACAUUAACAAAGACAUGUUUGACAGACUGAAGAAAUCUGGUGACCAAUGAGGGCUCAGAUGAAGUCUGUACUCAUUUUGAUUUCUCCAUUUUUGGGAGUAAAGUUGAAGAUUUUUUUUUUUUUUCAGAUUCUUUGUACUGUUUUAUAUCUUUUUUUUGUGUGUGGUAUGUUUCCUCUCAGUGGAAGAUUACACUUUAGAUGGAUUUGUUAGCUUUAAGCCCAAUAUUUUGCUCCCAAAACUAAAGGGAUGCUGUAAAUCUAAUGAGGAGAUAAAACCAAAGUAGCGGUUAUAAACAGUGGCGGUUCUCGAUAGGAUGCCACCUGUCUUUCUGUGCCAAGGUUGUUUUUUUUGUUUUUGUUUUUUUAUAAUCACAAAUUGAAUCGUGCUUUUUGACUUUCAUAAUUUAAGUCUGUUUUAAAAAAGCUGUGUAUCAGUUUUAAUCAGUGUGCCCUCAAUCCACACUGAUUGCAUUCUGCAUCUCCUCCGUCUGUUGUAGCAAAGAGCACAGUGAGAAAAUCCACACUGGAUCCUGGUAGGAUCUGUUCAUGCAAAGCAAUCCCCUCUAUUUCAUGUCUGACUUUCUCUCUGGCUCAGCUUUUUUUUUUUUUUAGAA